UCGCCGAUUUUCAAUGCAUGGUCAUUCCGUAUGCACUUUUCAGGCGUUAGUAACCAUUGUUUCUAGAAAUUUCCACGUGAAAUUGUGCUACAUUUUCAAUAUUCUGUCAACCUAAAGAGGUGAAAAAUGGCUCUACGAGUUCCACAAGCUCCCGGCAUCGGGCAGAUGCUGAAAGAUGGUGCCAAGCAUUAUGGCGGUCUUGAGGAGGCAGUUUACCGUAAUAUCACAGCAUGCAAGGAACUUGCCCAGACGACACGGUCUGCAUAUGGUCCAUUCGGAAUGAACAAGAUGGUCAUCAAUCACAUUGAGAAACUCUUUGUCACCAACGAUGCUGCAACCAUCAUCAAAGAGCUAGAGGUCCAGCAUCCAGCUGCCAAGAUGUUGGUCUUGGCAUCCCAGCAGAUGGAGCAGGAAAUUGGAGACGGAACCAACUUUGUCUUGGUGUUCGCUGGGGCACUCCUUGAGUAUGCAGAGGACCUUCUAAGAAUGGGCCUGUCCCCUACAGAAGUCAUCGAAGGCUAUGAACUCGCCUGCAAGAAAACCCUUGAGAUACUCCCGGAUCUAUCGUGUGGAGCUCUGAAAGAUCUCAAAGAUGAAGCUGAGGUAACGAGGGCAAUCAAGACAUCUGUAAUGAGCAAACAGUACGGCAAUGAAGACUUCUUUGCUGGGCUCAUCGCUAAGGCAUGCAUUGCUGUACAAACCAGGUCGAACACUUUCAAUGUAGACAACGUGCGAACUACUAAGAUUGUCGGGUCUGGAGUACUAAGCUCAAGUGCUGUUCAAGGCAUGGUCUUCAAGAAAAUUGUAGAGGGAACAUUGAAGAAAGUUGAUAACGCCAAGGUGGCUGUUUUCUCCUGUCCUAUCGAGGCAUCGCAUACCGAAACAAAAGGUACAGUGUUGAUCAAAUCUGCAACUGAACUUCUGAAUUACAGCAAAGGAGAGGAGAAUUCUCUAGAACUGCAAAUCAAAGGCAUUGCCGAUGCCGGCAUCACCGUCGUCAUCUGCGGCGGAAAGGUUGGCGACAUGGCCCUACACUUCCUGAACAAGUACAAGAUCAUGGCUGUGCGCCUCAACUCCAAAUGGGAUCUACGUCGCGUUGGAAAGGUCAUCGGAGCAACGGCACUCCCUCGCCUGACCCCACCCACCUCCCAGGAGACCGGGCACUGUGAUCACGUCUUCAUCUCCGAGAUUGGAGAUACACCCUGUGUUAUCUUCAAACAAGACAAUGACGCUAGCUGCAUCUCCACCAUUGUCAUCAGAGGCUCCACUGACAACCUCAUGGAUGAUAUUGAACGUGCAGUUGAUGAUGGAGUCAACACAUUCAAGGCACUCACAAAGGAUGGACGGUUUGUCCCCGGUGGCGGCGCCACAGAGAUCGAGCUUGCCAAGAGGUUAGCUUCUUACGGCGAGACCAUCCCAGGGCUCUCCCAAUACGCCAUCAAGCAGUACUCCCAGGCCUUUGAGGCCAUCCCCAGGGCGCUGGCGGAGAAUGUUGGCGUCAAGGCCACCGAGGUUCUCUCUAAGCUCUACGCAGCUCACCAAGAAGGCCAACAGAAUACUGGGUUUGACAUUGAGGCUGAAGGUGCUGGAGUGAAGGACAUGCUGGAGGCUGGAGUAAUAGACGCCUAUCUGACAAAAUACUGGGGAAUCAAACUAGCAACCAAUGCUGCCGUCACUGUGCUUAGAGUAGAUCAGAUCAUCAUGGCGAAACAGGCCGGUGGACCCAAGCCCCCCAAGCAAGGUGGAAUGGAUCAAGAUGACGAUUAGGGUGUUUAUAGUAAUCAAUAUUCAUACCAUAAUAACAGUUGGGUCCGUGGUCUCACAACCUGUGGUACACGUCCCCAAUCGCUGGUUCACAGUGAGCUGGAACAGCUAAGCUCGAAUUCAUAUUAAAGCUGUGUACUUUUUUCGUUGGACAAUGCCAGAUGAAAGAUUCGACGGCAAACAUGUUUGCGCUUACUGUAACUCUGUAUUGUUGCGUCAUUAUUUUGAUUGCAAUAGAUUAUCGCAAGUCGGCAUGGCUUUCGCCCUCCUUAUACUAGAGUAGCACUGUAAAUUUUGAAUCUGCUCAGGUAUCCUCCGUAAGCGAAUUCUGCCUUCUUCUUGAUUUGUCCCAAACUGAAACAUCAAGAAAUGUAUCCCAUACCUACCUGGGAGUUAAGCAUUUCUUGGUGGUUACUUUUAUGACAAAUUAAUGUUUUCAAAAGCAUUUUGUGGUUGUCUUGUUGAUAAAAACAGGCCAUUUCGUAAUGUUGUGCUCAAAAUUUGGGGUAAAAAAAAGAAAAAGAACAGUCCAUGUUGUGCUUUCCUCUUUUCAAGCUGUCUAAAGCAAUGUUCGUAGCUCACAGAGUGUGAGGCUGAACACACCCCCCUCCCCCCUGAAUGUUUGUGGCCAGUACAUGUAGGAUAUUGAAUAAUUUAAUUGGGAUAACCCCUCUUUUGCAAGAAACUCGAUGUCAAUUAUAGGCUCAUUGUUCAACCCCAAAUUAAUAAUCACUUAAAAAUCUUUGAAGGUCUGUGGCCAUUUCUAAAGAAAACAAACACAAACAUGAUUUAUCAUUGUGUGGAAAUGGCCAGUCCAUGUUGGGUAUAGGAUCAUGCCAAGGUGCGCGUCAGUUGUGGGUAGGAAUGGCCAAAAGGCGAAGCCUCAGCAGGACCAUUCCUAACCACGAAUAAAUGGCGCAUACAAUUGGGUCCAUUUUUAAAAAAGAAGACAAAAAAGCGAAAAAAAACAACAUGAUUUAUCACUAUUUAAUUAUUCUAAACCACGCCUUGUGUCUUGUGAUAAUGCCUGUUACUGUUGCCUUAAAACAGUAUUAGGGAAAAUUGUGCAACAGUGUAAUACUUUUGUAGAAAUUCUUCUUGAAAUGUUUUUUUUUUUGUAUUAUUUGAAACCAAAAGGUUUUGUGUGUGCAGUGAGUAUGAAUGUUUUUGUCCAUAAUUAAUAC